AACAGCAGCUCCAGUUUCUAAUUGGAUUGGGGGGGUGUGGGAAAAGUGCAGCAAUGGAUCUUUUUUUCUUUUGACAACCCUCUCCCCCUCAGGGCUAAUACUGCACGGGGGGGAAGAGAAAACCCCCAACAAGCCAGAAGCACCGAUCACACCUCCGUGUGGGAGCUAAUUGCUGGGAGCAGCGUUUGCCGCGAGACCUAGGAUUUCCCCUGCCUCCAACCUGAAGCGAUUUCUCCUGGAACAAAGUCAUUCCCCGUCGCACUCCACCUUUGCCGGCCGUUGACAAGUUUUGCCAUUUGGAUUUAAUGGAGCUGGGAUUCUUGUUACUCUUUGGACUUACAGUGACCUCGAGCGCAGGGUUCUCGCUGCCCGUGCCUCGCCCCCGACCCCUCGCGGAGAGCGGCAGCGGCCGGGGCCCGAGGUUUCCCGCGCUCCGGGAGCUGGCAGGGGCAGAGAGCCCGGGCCGAGCCGCCGCAGGGGGGCUGCUGGCCGGCGGAGGAGGGAAGGCGGAUGGCCCGGGAGCGCCGCGCCGCAGAGCCAAGCGCUGCACUUGCUACACCUACAAAGACAAGGAGUGUGUGUACUACUGCCACCUGGACAUCAUCUGGAUCAACACCCCCGAGAGGACUGUACCAUAUGGGCUGUCUAACUACCGAGGCAGUUUCAGAGGCAAAAGGUCUACAGGACAGCUUUGCAAGAGCACAGAGCCUUUAGAUUGGUCUUUAUCACGGUGUUCUUGUUUGGACAUACGUGACAAACAGUGCAUGUUGUUUUGCACAAGAACCCAGGACAGCAGAUGUAAUCAGGGGUCACUGAAAAAGACAGUAGAAAAAAAGCAACGCAGAGAAAAUGAACAUGCCCUCAUUCAUUAGCACAGAGGGUCCAGGCAGUUUCUGAACUGAGAGGUUUAGUGUUUGUUUGCCGAAGCUCAGAAGCAAGAAUCUAAGCUACAAAUCUCCCAUGAGAUGGACAUAUUGGAAUGCUUCAGGCUGGCUGCCAAUAGAUAAUUGAGCAGUAUGCAAUGCCUUUAUUGCAUUGAUGUCAGUUUGAAGGCACAUGAACCUGUGUGAAGAACUUUGCAUCCUUUUAUACUUCUCCGACAAGAGUGUCAUAAACCAUGCAGUACAGGAUGAGUAUUUGCAUGUACCCUGGAGAUGCGGGGGAGGGAAAAAGGAGUAUUCAAACUUAAGCAACACAAACAGAUUCAAGAAUGACUUUUUACCUGGUUUUAAAAAUAAUACAGUAGAAACAUACUGUUCCACUUAGUGCUUGCUGCCUGCGUGAAGUAACCAGUUCCAGCUGUAUGCAGGCAAUUAUGAUUGGAGAAUCUGGUAAAUUAGAGAAUUGUCUGUAUAAGAAUUUGCAUUAUGGAUAAACAGAAACAAAAUACGUCUCUUGCUAAUAGAUGCAAGCCUAUUAGCCAAUCAUCAUAUUGUAACGUUGUUGGCAGAUAUUUAAAUGUCAGUAUCUAUGCAGAAUAAAUAUGAAUGGUUAAUAUUUAUAGCAUUAUAAAAUAUAGCAAGUUAGCAAUAUACAGUAAGUAUUCAAUAGGUUACUUAAUUAAGGCACAAAUUAUUUCUGUGCUGGAAGCUUCAAUCCAGAAACACAUCUACAAUGAAUAUCUAGGGAUAUACACUGUAGUUGAUGAAUGGAAUUCCAAUUAUCCAUCAACAAGAAUCUGCUGAGGAUGAAACUAAGACUGACAGAUACAAAAGCAUUAUCUAAACUUUAUACAUUCAAAAUAAUUUACAUCUCUCUCUCCUAAUCCCAUAUGUGCUGUGCCAUACAUACCCAGUGCAUACAUUCCUAUUUGCUGAUGUUUUUAACCCUUGAUUCAAACCACUUUACUGAGCAGUUGAAGGAUUGGGGAAAUGUCAAGAAAAUGGGAACAAGGACAAUGUUGGUCCGUGGAAAUUUAUCAUCAAAAGUGAUUUCCUCAGCAACUAUGGACUUGACUGUUUUUUGGGGGGAAACAAAAGAACAAGCAAGAGGAUGAAUAACGCUUCCAAAUGUUGCUCUUCGAUAGGAUUUAAAAUGUAACAGAGGAAUUUCCUAACUUGUGGCAUUACUGAUUCCUUUGUUAGACCUUCAUACAAAUCUUCCUAGGUGAAACUAUGAGCAAAUGACAUUUAUAUUUUAUCAGAAGAUAGUUGCAGACCAAAACAAAAACUAAAUUGAAUAUAACUGAACUUUGAGUUCACAAUACAAAUGGAUAUAUAGGUUAAACGGUGGCAAUAGACAUUGAAACAAGAAAGGGUAAGGUCUCUGCCAAAAAAUUAUAUAUAUAUUAUAUAUAUGGAUAUAUUUCAUAAAUAAAUUAUUAGAGUUAUAAAGUGAAUAUAUCUUUCAAGUAUCACUGUUUUUUACUUGCUGGCAUGAUUUUGUAUGUUUAUAGAAAAGUAGAUUAUUUAUUGUUAAAACACUUCACCUAUGGCUUUUUGGUGUGGCUUUUUUAAAAUAAUGUAACAAAGGGAAUGUGUGUGCGCAUGCAUAUGUAUAUAUAUUUUAAAUAACCAACCUUUUGUUAUGAAGGCAAUAAUGUUCAUGUAUAACCAUUUUUUGGAAUACAUAUGCACAAUUAGGAAUAUGAGAAUUUCCCAUCUUCAAAGGAGAGUGGUAGUUCUCCUAAUAAGCUGCGAAAUAAGUAAAAUCAAAAUCACAAUAAAAAGAGCUCUUUGAUAUAACCAUGAAUUAAAAAGAUAUAAUUUAAUCUUCUGUCUCUUCCUUGGCUGAAUGGAUAUCUUGGUAUAACCUAUAUCUGGUCUCACUGGAGUUGUUGGACAAAUGCAGAAGCACUCAAUCCAGGCUAGUUAUGAACUCUGUACUCUUGCCUCAGCCGGAAGAUCCACAGACUUCAGGAUCAGGCAAUAAAGAGACUCAAGGUCGCUAGCACCCUACUGACUCAAUGCUGCCUCCACUGGUACUGUUAGCAGGCUCUCUCUGGUACAAGUGGUCAAUAUAUUUUGGAUUCCUACUAUUUUCUCCUAGGUGGGAGCUGGUGCAAUUUAAAUUUUGUAUCCCUACAUGGAGUCUCACCCCUAAGUCCUGCUUGUCUUCUCUACAGUGUUUUUUUCCAAAGAUGGAGUACCAAAUUCACUGAGGUUCUAUGCCAUCUUGUAAUGAUGUAAACUUACACUUGCCUGUCCAAGUUUUGGCACUGCACUGGAUUUGACCCUGGAGUGUUGGAGGGACUGCUGUGCUUUGGCAUGAGGAAGAGAAUUACUGGAUUUUACAUCUGAAUGCUCCCUUAAAAUAGUUUGCUUUUGGGGUGCCCCACAGCAGAGGAUAUCAUUCUAUCAAUGUAAUGUUGUAAUUCAUGUGAAAAUUAGUUCAUCAUCAGGGCCUCAAAGUGAAGAAAACAAACAUAGUAAGUGAAAGUUAUACCAAGCCCAGGAGAGGCAAAAAGCAGAGUCGUCUAUGGACCUCUUCUGCUGAAUCUUAGCUAAUGCAGCCCAUGCCCAAACACUAGGCUCAUGCAGGCCCUGGAAUUAUCUGAGCUGGAACUAGAGUUAUUCUACUUGAGAAAAGAUUAAUGGGCUUGACAUUCAGUAAAUAAUAACCUCAUGCAUUUAUAGCAAG